AUGUCUAAACCAAUGGAUGUAGAACAAGAACCAAAAAUUGAUGAUGCUUUAUAUAGCAGACAACUUUAUGCAUUAUCUCAUGAAACAAUGAAAAAAAUUACAUCAACUUCAGUUUUAGUUGUAGGUUUACAAGGUCUUGGUAUUGAAAUUGUUAAAGAUUUAAGUUUAGCAGGUGUUAAAUCUGUUACAUUGUAUGAUAAAGAAUUAGUUGAAAUUAAAGAUUUGUCUUCUCAAUUUUAUUUUUCACCAGAACAAGUUGGUAAAGUUGGUAGAGCAGAUGCAUGUUUCCAAAAAGUUGUAGAUUUAAAUAAUUAUGUUAGAAUUGAUGUACAUAAUGGAGAAUUAAGUGAUGAAUUCUUAAAGAAAUUCAAUGUUGUAGUAUUAGCCAAUCAACCAUUAGCAUUACAACUCAAAGUGAAUGAAUUUUGUCAUGCAAAUAAAAUUCAUUUCAUUAGUGUUGAAACCAGAGGUGUUUUUGGUCAAUUAUUCAAUGAUUUUGGUGAACAAUUUACAAUCACCGAUACAAAUGGUGAGAAUCCAAAUGCUUAUAUGAUCAGUUCAAUCAGUCAAGAUAAAGAAGGUAUUGUAACCGUUGUUGAAGAACAAAAAUUACAACUUUUAGAUGGUGAUCUUGUUACAUUCAAAGAAGUCAAUGGUAUGUCAGCUCUUAAUGAUCUUCCACCACAAAAAAUUAAAACCAUCUCUCCAUUAACUUUUUCAAUUGGUGAUACUACAAAUCUUCCACCAUAUACUUCUGGUGGUUAUGUUACUGAAGUUAAACAACCAAAAGUUGUUGAUUUUAAACCAUUAAAAAAUAUUUUAGAAAGUGGUGAAAAUAUUUUUAUUACAGAUGAUUUUAAAUUUACACAACCAACCAAUUUAUUAGCAGGUUUCCAAGCAAUUCAUAAAUUUGCAGAGAAAAAUAAACAUAUGCCAAGACCACAUAAUAAGGAAGAUGCAAACGCUGUAAUUGAGAUUGCCAAAGGAUUAUUAAAGAAACCAGAUGAUGAACUUGAUGAAAAGAUGAUCACUCAAUUAUCAUUUGGAGCACAAGGUGAUAUUGUACCAAUGCAAGCAAUUCUUGGUGGUAUUACAGCUCAAGAGGUUUUGAAAGCAUGUUCAGGUAAAUUCACACCAAUUCACCAAUUGGCAUUCUUUGAUAGUGUCGAAUGUUUACCAGAGGAUUUAGAAACUCUCCCAGAAGAGGAGUUUCAACCAAUUGGUUCACGUUACGAUGGUCAAAUCAUUACCUUUGGUAAGACACUUCAAAAUAAAAUUGAAAAUUUGAAUUACUUUUUAGUUGGUGCCGGUGCUAUCGGUUGUGAAAUGUUAAAGAAUUUCGCAAUGAUGGGUUUAGGUGCUGGUCCAAAGGGUUUGGUACAUGUCACCGAUAUGGAUACAAUUGAAAAAUCAAAUCUCAAUCGUCAAUUCCUUUUCCGUUCAUCCGAUAUUCAACAAUUGAAAUCUCAAACCGCUGCAAACGCUGUCAGAGUUAUGAAUCCAGAUCUCAAUGUAAAGGCAUACAGUCUUCGUGUUGGACCAGAUACUGAAAGUCAUUACAAUGAAGAGUUUUUCAAUUCAUUGGAUGGUGUUUGUAAUGCAUUGGAUAAUGUUGAAGCACGUUUAUAUAUGGAUUCUCAAUGUGUUUACUAUGGUAAACCAUUAUUAGAAUCUGGUACAUUGGGUACCAAAGGUAACACUCAAGUCGUUGUACCACAUCUCACCGAAUCCUAUAGUUCAAGUCGUGAUCCACCAGAGAAAGGCAUUCCAGUUUGUACCCUUCACAAUUUCCCAAAUGCCAUUGAACAUACCAUUCAAUGGGCUCGUGAUACUUUUGAAGGUCUCUUUAAGAACAAUGCAGACAAUGUAAACUCUUACUUAACCAAUCCAGCUUACGUUCAAUCAUUGAAAACUCAAAAUCCAUUUGUUCGUUUAGAAACUCUUGCCUCAAUUAAAGCUUCACUUAUGGAUCGUCCAUUGGAUUUCAAUCAAUGUAUCGCUUGGGCUCGUCUAAAAUUCGAAGAAUACUUUAACAACAAUAUCGAACAAUUACUUUACAAUUUCCCAAAGGAUAUGGUCACCACAACUGGUACACCAUUUUGGAGUGGUCCAAAACGUGCUCCAACCCCAUUGAAAUUCGAUGUUGAAAAUCCAUUACAUUUGGAAUUCAUUGUUGCCGCUGCAAAUUUACGUGCCUUCAAUUAUGGUAUCAAAGCUGAAACAAACAUUGAAGUCAUCCAAAAACAAGCUGCCAAUGUUAUUGUUCCAGAUUUCACUCCAAAGAAGGUUAAGAUUCAAACCUCUGAAAAUGAACCAGCUCCAUCUUCAAACACUCAACAAGCUGGUGGUGAUGCUGAAGAUGAUCAAUGUGAUACCAUUUUAUCACAACUUCCACAACCAAGUGAAAUGGCUGGUUACAAAAUUAACUCUAUUCAAUUUGAAAAGGAUGAUGAUACCAAUCAUCAUAUCGAUUUCAUUACCGCUACCUCAAAUUUAAGAGCUACCAACUAUGCAAUCAGUCCAGCUGAUAAACAUAAGACCAAAGGUAUCGCCGGUAAAAUCAUUCCAGCUUUAGUUACCACUACUGCCGUAGUUGCUGGUUUCGUUUGUAUCGAAUUGAUUAAAGUUAUUCAAAAUAAAGCUUUGGAGAAAUAUAAGAGCACCUUUAUGAAUUUAGGUAUCCCAUUCUUUGGUUUCGUUGAACCAAUUGCCGCCCCAAAGAACAAAAUUCGUGAAGGCUGGACUUGGACACUUUGGGAUCGUUUCGAUGUUGAUGGUGAUAUCACUCUCAAGGAGUUUUUAGAUCUCUUUGAAAAGAAACAUGGUUUGGAUAUUUCAAUGCUCUCUUGUAAAGUUACACUUUUAUAUGCUCUCUUCACUGAUAAGAAAACUAAAGAGGAAAGAUUAAAGAUGAAAAUCUCACAACUCUAUGAAACCCUCUCAAAGAAACCAUUACCAAAAGAUAAGAAAUAUUUAUUACUUGAAAUUUGUUGCAAUGAUACUGAAACUGGUGAUGAUGUUGAUGUACCAAGUGUCCGUUAUAAGUAUAAUUAA